AAUAUUUGAAGUCGGGAUCGGGAUGUUUAACUCUACUUUUCUUUUCCCAAUAACACUUCAACAUGGACACUAAAGAUGUAGCGGUAUUGAAGCUCAACGAUACUACAGAGGUUUCCGUUCACUUGCAUGGUGCCACUAUAAUAUCCUGGAAAUGCAAGGCCCAAGAAGUGCUGUUUGUCAGUAAAAAUGCAUUGUUUGACAACAAAAAGGCCAUCCGUGGAGGAAUACCUCUUGUUUUCCCAUGCUUUGGCCCAUGGGAAAAGGGACCUCAACAUGGAUUUGCAAGAAUAAAAAGAUGGAGGAAAGAAUCUGAAUCGAAACAGAACAAUGGCAGAGCCUCUAUGUCAUUUUCACUAGAGGAUGAUGAAGAGACAAGAAAAAUGUGGGAUUACAGAUUUAAACUUGUAUACAAUGUUGAUCUGGGAGAAAAUGAUUUGAAGCUUACUUUGACUGUCAACAACAAUGACUUCAAGGCUUUUGAUUUCACCACUUUGAUGCACACUUACUUCAGAUGCCCCGAUAUAGCAGAUGUCGGGAUUCAUGGAUUAGAAGGACUACAGUACAAUGAUAAGGUUGAGGGAGGCAAGAUUUCAAAAGAAGAAAGAAAAGUAGUUAGUAUAGACAAGAAUUAUGACAGAGUGUAUAUGAAAUGUGGAGCAGACAAAGUGGAAGUGGAAGGUUUAGGUGAUGGGAAGAAAUCUGUCAGUCUGGUGCUCUCCAACCUCCCAGAUGUGGUUGUUUGGAAUCCGUGGGAAGAUAAAGCUAAAGCAAUGUCUGACUUUGGGGAUGAGGAGUAUAAGACCAUGAUAUGUGUGGAAGCAGGAUCUGUAUCACAGUCAGUCACAGCUCCAGCAGGGGGAUCAGUGCUCUUCACCCAGACACUGAAACUGUGUUAACCUAGAAAAAUUUAGUGCACAGGAAAACUUGUCUAGUACAAACACAACAGAUUCCAAAGAAAUUGGCCGGAUUAGACAACAUUCUGGUUUAGACAACAUUUAACACUAUUGAAUUUAAAUUUUACUCCAAAUUAGACAAGAUUUUCGAUUAUACAACAUCUGGAUUAGACAAGUUUCUCUGUAUUACCAUUGUGCAAUAUGUUACACACUAAAAUGCAUUUGGACCAUCAUUUUUCAAGAUGUUUUUCUGCUAUCUUAUUUAUAUUCAAAUAUUUAUUUUUCUUACAAAUAUUGAUCUAUUUUAUAUAUAUUCCAUAUACAAAUAUUAGUAUUCAUUAUUAUUGUCAAUAUUAGAGUUAUUGUUCUUUGCAUUUAGCAUGUAGCCAUUUUUCUCCAUUUAGCAUUCCUAGACUAUUUGCUGAUUCUACAUACAAUGUACAUUUUAGCUGCAUUAUUAUGCAGUGGUGGUAAUAAAAUUAUUGAAUGAC